AUUCUUCCGGGGCACGUCAACCGGAGGCGGGGCUAUACGUGCCAUGGAAACCGCGAGGUGACCCACCGGAUGCCCGAGAGAGCUGCCAGGUUAAUGUGGCCUAUCCAAAAGAAGGCGAGUCACCUGUUAAAACUGCUACCAUGUCAGACCAGAAUUACAGACAAUUAGAUGAGAGUGGAUCAGAAGAUCAUGGGUCUAAGCCAGAUCUCAGUGAUAGCCUUGAGCCGGUGGUGGAGGGGGAACCAUUUACAAGCUAUUUUGAUGAAAAAAUCUCCAUUCCAGAGGAUGGAGGUCAAUGGUUCAGUUUCCGUAAACUUUGGGCCUUUACUGGACCUGGCUUCUUAAUGAGCAUUGCCUAUCUAGACCCAGGAAACAUUGAAUCGGACUUGCAGUCUGGCUCUGUUGCUGGUUUCAAGCUGCUCUGGGUUCUUCUGACUGCUACGGUUAUAGGCCUCCUUCUCCAGCGCCUAGCUGCCAGGUUGGGAGUAGUGACUGGUCUGCAUUUAGCAGAAAUGUGCAAUCGGCAGUAUCCAAAGGUUCCCCGGAUAAUGUUAUGGCUAAUGGUGGAGCUGGCUAUUAUUGGAUCUGAUAUGCAAGAAGUCAUUGGUUCAGCUAUUGCUCUCAAUCUACUGUCUGUCGGAAUAAUUCCAUUGUGGGGAGGAGUGUUGAUUACAAUCGUAGACACCUUUUUCUUCCUGUUUCUGGAUAAAUAUGGGCUGCGGAAACUGGAAGCAUUUUUUGCUGUCUUAAUUACAGUCAUGGCAGUGACAUUUGGAUAUGAGUAUGUGCGAGUUCGUCCUGACCAAGGCCAGCUUCUGAAAGGCAUGUUUUUUCCUUACUGCGCUGACUGUGGGACUCCUCAACUUGAGCAGGCAGUUGGUAUUGUGGGAGCUGUCAUUAUGCCUCAUAACAUGUACUUGCAUUCAGCUUUAGUUAAGUCCAGGGAAGUGAACCGCGCCAACAAAAAAGAAGUAAGAGAAGCAAAUAAAUACUUCUUUAUCGAGUCCACUUUAGCCCUCUUUUUGUCUUUCAUCAUCAAUGUCUUCGUUGUGGCAGUGUUUGCCCAGGCCUUCUAUAAUAAGACCAACGAAGAAGUGCUGAACGAGUGCAUCAACAAGACUAUUGGCGGGCAGAGUGCCAUGUUGUUUCCAAACAACAAUGAGACUUUGAAUGUGGACAUUUACAAAGGGGGAGUGGUCCUAGGAUGCUAUUUCGGGGCCCCGGCUCUCUACAUCUGGGCUGUGGGCAUCUUAGCUGCAGGUCAAAGUUCAACAAUGACUGGUACCUACUCUGGUCAGUUUGUCAUGGAGGGCUUUCUUAACCUAAAAUGGUCCCGGUUUGCUCGAGUCGUCCUUACCCGAUCUAUCGCUAUUACUCCCACUCUACUAGUGGCCAUUUUCCAGGAUGUUCAACACCUCACUGGUAUGAAUGAUUUCCUCAAUGUGCUUCAGAGCCUGCAGCUUCCAUUUGCUCUGAUCCCAGUGCUCACAUUCACCAGCCUCAGGACCGUAAUGAAUGACUUUGCAAAUGGGCUGGGUUGGAAGAUAGCUGGUGGCAUCUUGAUACUUAUUGUAUGUUGCAUAAACAUGUACUUUGUGGUCGUAUACGUGUCAUCACUUGACAACGUUUGGCUGUAUGUCGGAGCAUCCAUCUUGUGCAUUGCAUAUCUCUGCUUCGUGGCAUAUUUGACAUGGCAAUGCUUGGUUGCUUUGGGCCUGAAGUUCCUUGAAUGCGGGCAGACGUAUAACCUUGGCCUGAGCAACUAUCCAGAGCUUUUCCUCUUACACAAUAUGGAGAAAGAAGAGGUCUCGACCCCCCGAUGAUGCUGGGUCACAUGGCACAGCACUGAUUAGCCCUUCUAGACACCACAUCUAGAAGCACUCAGGAGUACAGAGGUGCCAUGCUAUUAGUACCAAAUUAACUUUGUAGCAGGUGAAGUAGAGCAAAAAGAUCAUCAACAUAAUU